AUACCUAAGAACAAAAGUUGCCCUUUUGUCUCCAAAGGAACUAAUUCAGUUCAGUGUAGAAGAGGGAGAGCAAGUAGUUUGAUAUCCAGGAGAGCAUUAAUUAGAGAGGAGCAACAAGCUUAGCAAGAUAAGAAUGGCGAGUGAAGCAGCAGCAGCAGCCAUCUCCAACCCUUUCGCUCCUCUCACCAACCAGCAGCAAGAACACCCUCCUCUUCCUCCUCCUCCCAAGAAGAAGCGCAACCUCCCCGGCACACCAGACCCGGAGGCGGAGGUGAUCGCGCUGUCGCCGAGGACGCUGCUGGCGACGAACAGGUUCGUGUGCGAGAUCUGCGGGAAGGGGUUCCAGCGCGACCAGAACCUGCAGCUGCACCGGCGAGGCCACAACCUGCCGUGGAAGCUGCGGCAGCGGAGCGGGAAGGAGCCGAGGAAGCGGGUGUACGUGUGCCCGGAGAAGAGCUGCGUCCACCACAACCCGUCGCGCGCGCUCGGCGACCUCACCGGCAUCAAGAAGCACUUCUGCCGCAAGCACGGCGAGAAGAAGUGGAAGUGCGACAAGUGCUCCAAGCGCUACGCCGUUCAGUCCGACUGGAAGGCCCACUCCAAGACCUGCGGCACCCGCGAGUAUCGCUGCGACUGCGGCACCCUCUUCUCCAGGAGGGACAGCUUCAUCACGCACCGCGCGUUCUGUGACGCGCUGGCGGAGGAGACGGCGAGGCUGAACGCCGCGUCCAGCACCGCCGCCGCCGCCGCGGCGGCGACGUCGCUGUGCGGGCAGAGCUACCUCUUCGCCGGCUCGGGCGGUGCGGGGAUGGCCGCGGCGCGGCCCAACAUGAUGCUGCCUCCGGCUCCUGGCGCGCACCUCAAGCCGGGACAGAUGCUCGGUCCGGCGGCCGGCGUUGGGGACCUGUGCGACGGUGGCGUGGCGCGGCACGGCGGGCUGUCGCUGUGGGGCGGCGACGCGUUGCCACCCAUGAGCCACAUUGGCGUCCUUGCCAAUGGUGGCGUGGCCCCAGUGCCGCCGCAGCUGUACGCGGAUCUCUUCGCGCCGGGCUCCGGCGCGCCGCCACAGUUCGACGCGGCGCAGCUGAGCUGGCUGUACGGGAACGGCAAGCUGUCGUCGUCGAAUUCCAGCGAGCUGACGAGCGCCACAGCUGCCGCGGCAGCGGCGGCGAAGGAGGCGGAGGACAGCGUGCCGUCCGUGUUCAGCAACCAGCAGCACGCGAAGCCCGCGGCGCCCACCGACAUGUCCGCGACGGCUCUGCUGCAGAAGGCCGCGCAGAUCGGCGCCGUGACGUCAACUGCCGCGGUGCCGCUGGUGGGGGCGUUCGAGCCGACCAAGUCCGGCGCCACCGCCUCGCCGGCCGAUGCGUUCGGCAAGUUCGACGGUGCAGCUAUGUUUGCCGCAAGCCAUCAUAACGCAAACCUCGGCAGCGCAAUGAGCGAGCUCACGGCGGCCGCCGGCAACGUGCCUUACGACGUUUUGUCGGCGGUGCGCCAUGCCGGCCUGAAGGACGCCGGCGUCGGGAGGGAGGAGACUAGGGAUUUCCUGGGCGUUGGCGUGCAAGCACUGUGCUCGUCGUCCAUACAUGGAUGGAUUUAACUGUUUAAGCCUUAAUUUGCAUGUCAUUUUCUGUAGCCAUGGAGAGAUUAGUUAGUGCUAAUUUUGAACCUAUGUAAGAAAGUCAGCUACAGUGGAGUGAAGCAUGCAUGCAAGCUCGCAAUGGGCUCAAGAAGAGCACCCAAUUUAAUUUACUAAAAUUCCAUUUCUUGUUUUCACAGACAUUAUAUGCUCUUGAUUAUGUCACUUCUUACUUGCA